AUGCUCAUACGACAUAGCUUGAGACAAAAACCGAGAUCUGCUCCAAUACGAUCAUUUUCGUUCACUUGUUCUUUGCGUAACAAUCUAGACUCACCGGUAAUAGAACCCGCAUCAUCUUCACAAGAAGUACCGAAUGAGAAACAGAAACGAAUAUUUUUGAAGCCCAAUCAGAUCAAAAGGCGAAAGAGAAGAGAUAGUGGGAAGUGGUCACUGUCGACACUGUCGACACUGCCGACUCAGCCGGCUCAGCGACAACCUCGAGCUGCUGCCAAAGUAGACUUGGCAUUAAUCCAAGAACUUUACCGUAAAAACAAGAGCGUCUUGAAUUCACUGACUGAUGACGACGGUGACUUGUCUAGGUAUAUUGAGACAUUCAAACCUUUUGAGACAAACAUUGGAAGUAAGAGGUACGACAAAUUAACAAAAGAAAUAGACAAUGCAUUUAGAAAGAACCAGAUAAUCAGCUACAUCAAUAAUUAUAGAGCCAAAAACCCAGGAUUACCACCAUUGAAGUCGAGACAAAACAAACGACAAAUAAUCGAGGCAUUAUUCUCUCAUUAUUGGAAAAUUACCAAACAAGCAUCAAAUUUUUCAGACGACGCGUUAAUUAGCAGUCGGGUCAUUGAGUUGAGUCCGGCGCAGAGGUUUCUCCUCGACCCGAAACGAUCUAGAUUCACACGUAAUCUCAUUGCAUCAAAUUUCAAAGUCCAGCUUAGUAAAACAAAACUAGCUGUUUCCGGAUUGAAGCUGGAGUUGGACAAUAUUGAAGCUGAAGUGGUGAAAUUGAACAAUCAAAUAUUGUGGGAAAUCAUAGAUUUGUCGUUCAUUAACAAGGAAAGAAGACGCGAUUUAGACUUUGGUGAGGUAUCGUUUGCGUCACUGUCAUAUUUCCAAGAUUUUGGUAAUGGUAGGUUCAAAAUUUCUGCAAAUUCUCAAUCAAGCAUUGAUACGGCAAAGAGACUAAUACUGUGGGCUCUCGGUCAUAACCCACAUAUUCAGACUUUUUUUUUCAACAAAGAAGCCAUAAAGGGAGCUCAAUUGCUCCCUUAUGUCAACGAUGGUGUGUGGCCUUGGAAUGAGAAGCAUGCUCAAUAUUAUACUCUAUUCCAUAGAGAUAGGAAACCAGGCAGUGGGAGCGAAAUGGUGUUUGAGAAAUUUGACAAGAUGAAUGACAAAUUCUUGAAGCUGAAGCUGUUGGACGAUUUGGUUGAUCAAAAACUAGCCUUGAAAUCGGACAACAACAGUUUUCUUGAUGAGGCAUUAUCGGAUGAGAUUUUGGGCAUGUUCAAAUCAAUAAGACCAAAGCAAGAAGAAAGUUCCAGUAAGCAAGAUGAGAUUGAUGGUGACACGGCAGAUACUGCGCCACAUUUGAACAUAGUAGGCGAACAAACUGUACUUGCAAAAGGUUUCGAUUUGGACAAAAUUGUCAAAAACAAGCAAGAGUCUUUGUCGGCAACUAAUCUUGAUGACCAACACUUGAAUCUUGAGGCAUUGCGCCAUGAAUUGGGAACAUUUGAAGAUGAUUUGAAACCGGAAGAUUUUCCUGAUGUGGCAAGCUUGAUCGUAGAUGCUGAGAAACAGACUGCUGAUGAGACUUUGGAAAUCCUAAGAACCGAGUUGGGUGCAUUUGCCGAAGAUGAGGGAAGUGCUGCUAUUGAUUCACUGCAGAAAUCAGAAAGCUUCUCUAACUCAGUAGAGGAAAAUCACGAAAUACAAAACUCCAAUGACACUUCCCUUUCCAUUCCCGCAAAGUCUCCCUUGCAUGGCCUCGAUCGUCUAAAACACUGGAAUCUUUCAUCUGAGCGGAUUGACCAAUUGUACACUGUAUUGAAUGACUUGUCAUUUGCCAAUGGCUUACCUGGCUCUUCUAGAAAGACAGAACCAUAUUCUGCUUACACUAUCCAAUUUGGCUCUCUAUUAUACAAGCAAGAGAAAACCUCACAAACUGAGCCCACUUCACUGCAGCUUCUUUCAGCCAAUUCAGACAAAUUUAGCUUUCUCACUAGCAUUCCAUUCAUCAAAGAUUUGGCUACAUCCUUGCCUAUUUUGUACAAUGGCAAUCAAACUUUUACAAACAAGAUGCAAAUACGGUUAAGUCCUUCAAUUUACCACAGUUCGAGCAAUGUGGAUCCUCAAGUUUUGCAAGAGUAUCCGCCAGUUGAAAUCCAAGCGGAUUUGAACGACUGGGGCAAGAUCAAAUUGGAAACAUUGCAGGUGUUGUCCAUUGAAGCAAUGAAUAAUGUUUACGUUGCUGCUCCUCGAUUAGCCACUGAUUUGCAAGUGUCGAAAUUGAUUGUUGGUGAUUUGUUGCAUCCACAGAUGGAAGAUCGUGCACAAAGUGGGGUUUCUUUUGACAAUCAGCCAAAUUUGGCGAGAUUCUUGGAAGAUUCUCAAUUGAGUUUUGCGGGACAUGUGAAAAUCAAGCCGUCAUCAUCAAUCGAGUUGUGUGUCAAUGGCAAGUUUAUCAAAUACGAUUACGUCCAUUUGACGUAUAAGACCGACUUGAUGUUUGACCUCAAUGGCAGAGAGUUGUGUUUGAGUAUAAUAGAAGGUGGGAAUUUUGGAGGAAAGAGGUUUGAGGUUAUCUUGGGAGAUGGAGAGUUGUCCAAAGAUGAAUUUGCACAAUUUGUCAAUGAAGCUAUCCAAUUUUGCUCCGAGGUUUGA